AUGGUUAUGGGCGCGGCUUUAGAUGACUGCGUUGAACAACCGGAUCUCCGCGGCCGAGGCGACGAUGCCUUGUUGCGCGCAUUGGCGGAGAAUGACCUCGCCAACGGCAAUCUGCUCGAAGUACAGCGCAUACAGACUCGCGCUCCUUCCCAACUUAUCUGCUGCAUCAAGCUUCAGGCCCUUGCCCUUGCUGAUGAUGAGCAGUGCGAUAUCCUCGUUGCGGGUUCCCAGCGCGGCCAUGAGGGGCGUUUCGUCGUUCGAAACCUCUGCGAUGUUUGGAUCACAGCCGCUGGUCAGCAGAACCUCUGCUGCGCCUGCCUGGUUUUCCAGCACCGCGAGGUAGAGCGGCGUCCUGCCCGCAACAUCUUGCACGUCGAUAUUAUCGCCACUGCAGAUGAGCAGGCGCAGGCAUUCUAG